GGUAAUCGACUAAAAACUCGAAUCAUCGUGCUAAAUUACGACUUGAAGCUAUAUCAAAAUGGUACAAGUGACUGGCCUUGUAGCAAUACGAUUCCACUUGAUGCAAUAGUUUCUUGUCAUUGCCAGUUUAUAGCCUGCUGCUACUAUGUUAUUUUAGUUCGUUUAAAGCUGGUCUAGGAAAAUGCCAAAACGUACUUGUCCCUUCAAAGGGGACCGUCAUCUGUUGCCACAGAUGAAAAUGCAUGUAGGAGAAAAGCAGGUGGAUAACGGUGUAUCAAGUGACCAGCGGAUGAGAGAUGUCUAUAGUAGGACCCUGAAUUUGCUUAAAGCAGGUGCGAAGACACUCUCCCAUAAAUUAAAUACGUCAGGGCAAAUGGAUUCUCUAAACCUAUCUUUACCUCAAUGUCCAUCACCUUGUAAAUUCAAAUCUAUAUCCAAUAUGAAACAGAUGCUGUUGACUGACAAAUUGCAAUUGAAAACUAGUGACAAAGUUGUCAAUGAUAUUCGGGUAGAUCUCUGCGGAUGUUACCGAUUGAUAGAUCGAUCUAUAGUAAGCGCGUGUUAUUACUGUGAUCAGGCAUUGUGUUCCUCUUGCCAGUCUGUGUGCGCCAAUUGCUCAGAAUUGUUUUGUCAGAAUUGCUCUCUACCUGUAUAUAACUGUGACGAACAAAUCAUGUGCCUUAAUUGCUAUCGAUAA